UUCUUCUACCUUCCCCCUCUCUCCUUCCAUCAUUCACCUCAUCCCCCACCUCUCUCUCUCUCUCUCUCUCUCUAUUCAUGGGCUAAAACAGAGCCCAAGCUGAAGCUCCUAUACCAAUGGCAAGAGUUGUGACUUUGUGCAGCAAGUUCCUUUCAAUCUUCAUCCUCCUGCUCCACCUCGGUUGCUUCAUUUUAACCACCAGUACCAAAGACCACCGACAUUCAAAGAAACGCAGAGCUUCUCACCUUUCUCUGCCCUCUCCUUCAUUCAAAACCAACAAAGCUCUCUCCUCCUCUUGGUCCUUCUUCAAACGCAUCUUCUCCUCCAAACCCUGCCAAACCAGCAGCGCCACCCAAACACACCCAACCACUCCCAACACCACGCUAUCCUCCGCCAGAUCAUCCCAGCACUCCAUCGUCCCGAUCAUCCCACCCGAAACCUACUUAUCUGACGCUGGCGGCCGUAGAAAACAAUCCGGGUCUUGCUUAGAAUCCGAUAUCUCCGCCGACAACCCGUUCUUUCCUCUCCGAAACGAUAUCUUCCCCUGCACAGCCUGCGGCGAAAUCUUCCCGAAACCCCAGCUCCUGGAACAACACCAGGCAAUCAUUCACGCUCUCUCGGAGCUUGUCGAUGGCGAUUCGAGCAAGAACAUCGUCCGUAUCAUAUUCAAAACCGGUUGGACCGACAACCAGAAGACCCCGAAAAUUCAUCGGAUUUUGAAGAUCCAUAACUGCCCGAAGAUACUCACGAGGUUCGAGGAGUACAGAGAGUUGGUGAAAGCUAAAGCUGCGCGAAACGGCGCCGUUCGGAGGCGAGACGAGAGGUGUAUAGCCGAUGGUAAUGAGCUCUUGAGGUUCCACUGCUCGACUUUUCUCUGUGAUUUGGGAGUCGAUGGGAAUUCCAGCAUUUGUAGCCAGCAGUAUUGUAGCGUGUGUGGGAUUAUCAAGUCCGGCUUCUCCCCCAAGUUGGACGGAAUUUCCACGCUGUCGACUAGCUGGAGGGCACACGUGGCGAUUCCAGAGGAGAUCGAGGAGGAGUUCAGGUUCAUGAACGUGAAGCGGGCCAUGCUGGUUUGCCGGGUAGUGGCGGGUCGGAUCGGGUGUGAGUCGGAUGAGGAUAUGGACAAGGAGGAUGGCGGGUUCGACUCGGUGGUCGGGAGGGGUGGGAGUGGGGCCCACACGAGAGUGGACGAGGAGGAGCUGUUGGUGUUUAAUCCUAGGGCUGUGCUUCCUUGCUUCGUGAUUGUGUACACUGUGUGAGUAUGUACUGUGUAUGUAUGAAGUAUGAUCAAAGGUGGUCUUUCUUUCUUAGUCAUGGAAUGUGAUUUGUGAUGUGUGGUGCUGAUUGUGUAUUACUGCUUCUGAUAGGCUUCGAUUUGUCUGUGACCCAGUAGUGGGGUCACAGUAGGUGUAGGGUGUCAGUCCCACGUGAACAUAAUGUUGCAGUCAGUCCCCCAUAUAACUGAUUUUGGUUCGAUUAUUAUUUAUUAGAUGUCAUGUUGUAAUAUAUAGUUCCAAUGUGGUUCUAAA